AUGAAUGUUGAUUUAACACAAUAUAAAAACAGGCCCAACACCAAAAGUAACAAUAAUUUCGACGACAACAAUUUUACUGACGACGAAGACGACAUUAAUAGUAACACCACAAUUAGUACCAGUAUAAGUACUAGCACCAAAGAAGUUAAAAACACUGGCCAAAAUCAACGUCAGUUAUACACCACAACUAAUAAUCCAGGAGUGUCAUUAGAAUCGACUACUUGCCCAUCCUUAGCAACAACGUCUUCGGAUAACACCACUAAUUCAGACUACAACUAUUUAUCUGCCCCUGAACUGACCCUGGUACCUCCAAAUACUACCACUUCCGACAAUAAUCCACCCUCAAAUUGGAUAAAAGCUAACCCUCCUCCAAAGUUAGCAUCAUUACCCAUAGAUAUCCCAUUACAGAUCAAGGAAGUUGCACCUGGGGACGCAUCAUUUAGUUCGAGUGAUUCAGAAGAGUAUAGGAAUAGUUAUCCGAACAAUCUGACUUAUAAUCAACCAGCCAAUUUUGCCAUGGUUUAUAAUAAUGCUCAAUUAAGACGUCAACAGCAGAAUAUUUUAUUGAAUCAACAGCAACACCAGCAACAGCAACAGCAAUUACAACAACAGCAGCAGCAACAGCAACAACAGCAACGACAAGCAAUGUUGUUAUCACCAGCCAGAGAUUAUAAUACCCUUAGGUAUCUUGCUAAUAAAAAAGUUGAUUCGCCCAUGUCGGAUGAGUUUUUCUUCCAGGAUAAUUUGGCUCUGGAUGUGAAAUUUCAAUAUCAACAAAGUAUUAUAGAAUUUUUAAAUUAUAUCAUUGGCAAAUAUAAGGAGAUGGAACAAGGGAUAAAUUCAUAUACCGAUUGGUGGAAUGUUUAUACAUUCAAGAGACAAACUUUGGAUAAUUUAAUCCAUAUUGCUCAAGGAUUUAAAGCAAUGAUUAUUAGUAUUCUAAAACAAUUAAGUUUAAAUAGUGGGAUAAUUGGAAAUGGCUCACAGAGUAAGAAUAAAGCAUUUACACAGAAUUCUUUGGAUCCUUCUUAUAUUAAUACCAACAUGACUACUACUAAUGAUGAUGAUGAUGAUUUGAUAAAUUAUAAUGUUUUCCAAUUUGUUUAUAAUUGUUCGAUUGAAAAUGUUAAUGUUGGAAAUUUGAUUAAUUGUUCAUUAUUUACCAAUACAUUCAAGUUUAAUUUGUUGAGCUAUUAUUAUAAAUUGAAUUAUCUUUUGAUCAACGUUAAAGAUCAAAAAAAUUGGUUAGUGAUCCCCAUGGAAAUAUGGUAUAAAUUGCCCUCAUUUAUUAAAAUCAUUAAUGAUAAUUUAACUAAGAUCAACAAACCAAUGACGAGAGAUUUAGAAAUCACUUUGGUGAAAUUGAAUUCAAUUACUUGUAAAUUCCCCACCGUUGAUAAUUUGAAAAAAACAGAUCCUAUAGGAUCUUGGCAUGAUUUUGAAAAAAUCAAUCGAUUGUUGACUGAAAAAUUCCCAGAUUAUACUGAACAUGGCCAUAUUCAAGAAUUCCCUGAUUAUAUGCCUCGUCCAUUAUCAUCAUCCAAUGAUAUUAAAAUCAUUCAUAUGAAAAGGGUUGCUGCACCACCUAGACGAAUUGAAAGUGGCUCUCUAACCAUUAAAAAUAUCGCCAACAACAACAACAACAACAAUAGUAAUAACAACAGCAACAGCAACAACAAUUCGCAGCCGGAAAAACUAGGUCGAGCAACAUCUUUGAAAAGAUCAAUAAGUAAAAUUGUUAAACGAAGUUUGUCAACUAAUGAUGCAAAUAAUAAGGAAAGAGAAGAUAUUCCCGAUCAGAGUCCAGCAGCUAAAUUAGAAACAAAUACUCCCAAGCACCCACCACAAAGACAUCAGUCAUUACAAGAGCAUUUGAAGAAUCAACAACUGGUAAAGACUCCUAAACGAGAAGAUUUGGUACUAUCAAAGUCGCCAAAUAAGCCAUGUCCAUUGCCACCACAACCAAGUAUCAAACCAACAAUUGCUCGAUAUCGAUCGAUAAACGGUAAAAAAGCAUCCAUUAAAAAAGUUGACAAUUCAGCUAUUCAAUACCAAUUGGAUUGUUUGGUGCAGUUUCGUAAACGCUUAUUUCAAAUUGGUCCUCAAUUAUUGGAAUUCUUGAAUUUGCAAUUGAAUUAUUGUAAAUCAUGGGAAUCGUUAAUUGACGAGCAACAACAACAAUAUCAGCAAAAUGGAAAUAUGCACGUUAAUAAUGACCCAUAUAUCAAAUCAAUCUAUCAAUCUUUUCAUGAAAAAUUAUUAAAUCAAAUUGAAUUCACUAAACUGACAAUUAUUUUACAUAUUGCUGAUAGAUUGAUUAUCCCUAUUGAUGAGUGUCUUAAACUAUGUGAUCAAGGUAAAGGUGAUCCAGUUAAUGUUAAUAAAUUUAUGGAAUUAAUUGUUUCUCAAUAUAACAAAUUGUAUAGACAAUGGUUGGAAGGAAUAAUUGGGUCAAAUAGUAUUAAGGAAUACCAAGAUUUGUGUAAUAAAAUUGGUAAACCCAAUGGAGAAGAUAUCAUUCAAUAUUAUAAUCAGUUAACUAAAUUGAAAAGUUUGGUUAUGUGA